UAUAUAUAUAUAGCAUAUGAAAUCGCGAUGAAAGCAAUACAGGUGACAAGCGAUACAUGAAUUUCGUAAAACAGUGACCCAUAAAAGUCUUCUGCGAAUUUGCUAAAUUUCCCAAGUUUGUAACAUGCUGGCUUGACAAAAGUGCGUGCCAGACGAAAUACGUGACAUCAGCACCUUCGUCCAUUAAUUUAUGUGUCUUUAAAGCCCGCUGCGCAGAUUCGAUCGAACUGUUGAACGAUCAACGGUAAAGUACAACAAUGGGGCAAUUAACGAUGUUUUUAAUGGCUAUUUUCCUAGUCCACUAUGCGUUUGCUGACAUUAUGAUACAACCUGGAUACGAACAUUCACACUCUACACAGAAAUCAGAUUUGGAGGAAGAACAUCAGCCCAUAACUCAACCUCCUGAAACUCUUCCAAAUUCAGAAGACAAAGGCCAUGAAUCACAUCCUCAAUCACACAGUCCACGCCAAUUAGUACAACAACGGGGAUACAUGGAUCCAGAGUAUCAUUUGGAACUUUAUCCAGUGUAUUCGGAUUCAUACCAUGUUCCCGCUCAAACAUUGUCGCCGAUGUUUCAACAAGUAAUAUUGCCACCUAUGUCAAGAACUGCUUACAGACGACUGCUGUCUGAUAUGAAUAGCUACGGAUCAGCAGGAAUUCCCGGGGCAGUUCUACCCUAUUAUCAAUAUCCUCCUACAGCAGCACACAAUCGAUACAGAAGAUCUAAUCCAAGCGAAGAACCCGAUAGAAUACAAAGGGAUGAACACGAUGAUGUGGCCACGAAGUCGCCCUUAGAUGAUUCGUUAUCGGUCGUUGAUUUGCAAGAUCAAGAGAAGAAGCGCGUGAAUACUCGUCAGAGUGUUUCAUUGUUGGGCUUGAAUCCAUCGAACAUGUAUCCUGUGCAGCAACAAUACCGUUCUGUGGAAUUGAAACCAUCCUAUAAUCCCUAUCAACAAAUACCAGCCGAAGUAAAGCAAGAAAUGCCACAAGAAAUGCCAGUUGCUAGUCCUAUAAAAACCACGACUUCUUUAUUAGCCAACAAAGAUCUUCAUCACGCAUUAUUAUUGCAACAAACUUCCCCCCAAAAACAGCAACAGAGAAAUUCCUUGGAUUCCAUGGUCUCUGCUUCCGUUCAAUCGUCGCCAGUUGAUAUCGUGGGAAGUCAGCGCAAAUUUAAAAUUUCCACGGAAAAAGCUGAUAAUCAUAAGGAUCAAGUGGGCACGAAGCUGGGGGAUAUCUACAAAAUAAGGGUGCACCAGCACGUGCAUAACCACGGGAAAUUCAAGGAUAAUAUGUCAAAAGAAAGUUACAGCAUCACGAUUCCUACGAACGCGCACCACGACGCUGAGCCAUCGAAUAAUUUAACACCGAUACAGCCCGCUGCAGAGCAAGUUUAUAGUAAGCCAACUGACCUGGGGACAAAUUAUUUGCCAUACACUCAGUACACCGUUGCACCUCAAUCUUAUCCUGUUAGCGAUUUCAGUAAUUAUGUAGGUAAUUAUGUUUGGUCAUGCCCAUAUCCGUCCCCCUAUUCGCCAUACAGAAUUUGUUUCGAUACCAAUGAUAUACAACAACCUGUCGUAUAUCAGUUAGCUUAAAUGAAUCUCGACUUUGCAAAUCAAACGACCACGCAAUUUAACUACAUAGCUAUACUUUUUGGAUUUUGUAUAAAAUGUUUAUAUCACGAUAUUUUAUAUUUUUUCACGGAUAUUACACGUCAAUUAAGCAUCUAUCGAAUAUAUAUGUAAAUUUCAUCGUUCUUAAUCGAUGAUUAGAUGAACAUUUUUCAAUAAACGUAUAACCAUAAACGCCGUCAAGUUUAUUAAAAGCUUCCCUACCCAUAAAGUGUUACAUCUCGUGCCGUUAACAAGGAGGCUGCACAUAAUCGGACCUUAAUGCUCGUCUGCCAACCGGAUCUCACUAUCAUCUCAUCAAUCGCUUAAUCACGGAACUAAUUCGAAAAUACGUCUAUCACUUGACACCCCUCUCGUCAAUAUUUAUUAACUUGUCGGUUUUACGCAAACAUUUCCAGAGAAUAAGAAAUAAGAAAUAAGAAACAA